CGCCCGGCUGAGGAGGUGAAAGUUUCUCCCCAGGAAGAUAAACCGCAAAAGACAAUAUUGUGCAUGAUUUGCGCCUCUCCUUUUUUUUUUAAACAAAGCAGGGGGAGGAAAAAAAAGAGAAGAGAGCGGAGGGGGAAAAAAUACCAAAGGAAGGAAGGGGAAAAGAGAACGAACCGAAAGGGGGAAAGAGUGGAAGAGCUGGAAGAGAAGAAGAGGAAAAUCGCGCCGCUCGUUCGCUCGUUCCGUUCCGUUCCUCUCAUUUCUUUUUUUUUUUUAAGAACUGGAAGAAGUUUAUUUUUUGUUCUGAAUUCCUUCCCCUCCCCCCCCCCUCCCCCUCCCCCCUUGCCUGCACGUUGCUUGCUUCCUCCUCUCUCUCUCUCUCUUCACUAUUGUUAUUUGCCAGCGCGGUCUUUUGAAUCCUCUCCCUCCUCUCCUCCCCAUUUUGAAAAAAAAAAAACCCAAAAGUGCAGCUCGAGAGGCGAGAGAAGAAGAGGAGGGGGGAAGAGAGUGUGCAAGAGAGGGAUCUGGCGGUUUGUUUUUUCCCCCUCUGCCUCUGUCUCUCUCCUCUGCGUGAGCCGAUGCCUGUUUUAGUCUUCUUCCCCAAUUUUUGCCUCUCCUAGGUUUCUCUUCCCCCUUUUGCGACUCCCCCCACCCUCUCCUCUCCUCCUCCUCCUCUUCCUCUUGAUCCUCCUCCUAUUUGUGUGUGCUGCGUGCGUGUCCCUCCGUCCGUGCGUGUGAGAACGCGCGCGUGUUUUUGGUUGCGCGGAUGCCGAAGGGGGAGUUCCCGAUGUGGCGGUGUUGCUGCUGCUGCUGCUGGCGGAGGCUUUAGCGGGACAGAGAGAGGCAGCGGCGAGGCGCUUUGGAUUGGCUUGGCUUGGCUUGGCUUGGCGGCUCUUCCUCCUCGCGUACUCUUUCGCCUCCUGAGCUUUUUCGGCCUCCCCUCUCCUCCUCCUUCGGCGGCUUCGUCCUCCUCCUCCUCUUGCUGCUCCUCGCCCUUCUUCCCCUGCUUCCUCCUCCUCCUCCUCUUCGGGGCUCGGGGCGACGAUGCUGCUGGACGCGGGCCCGCAGUACCCGGCCCUCGGCGUGACUACCUUCGGCUCUUCGCGACACCACGCUGCGGCGGCGGCGGCGGGCGAGGUGCCGGAGCGCGACGUGGGCCUGGGCCUGAACCCCUUCGCGGAGGCGGCGGCCGGGAUGGGCGCCUUCAAGCUGAACCCGGGCGGGCACGAGCAGGCGGCCUUCGCCUCGCAGGGCCCGGGCUACGCUGCGGCGGCUGCGGCGGCAGCGCUGGGCCACCACCACGCGCACCACCCGCACCACCACCCGGGCCACGUCGGCUCCUACCCCAGCGCCGCCGCCUUCAACUCCACGCGGGACUUUCUCUUCCGCAACCGCGGCUUCGGCGAGGCGGCGGCGGCCAGCGCCCAGCACAGCCUCUUCGCCUCGGCGGCGGCGGGCUUCGGGGCCGGACACGGGCACGGCGAGGCGGCGGGGCACCUGCUCUUCCCGGGGCUGCACGAGCAGGCUGCCGGACACGCCUCGCCCAACGUGGUCAACGGGCAGAUGCGGCUGGGCUUCUCCGGAGACAUGUACGGGCGGGCCGAGCAGUACGGGCAGGUGGGCAGCCCGCGCUCCGACCACUACGCCUCGCCCCAGCUCCACGGCUACGGGCACAUGAACAUGAACAUGGCCGCGCACCACGGCGCCGGGGCCUUCUUCCGCUACAUGCGCCAGCCCAUCAAGCAGGAGCUCAUCUGCAAGUGGAUCGAGCCCGAGCAGCUCGCCAACCCCAAGAAGUCCUGCAACAAAACUUUCAGCACCAUGCAUGAGCUGGUGACCCACGUCACCGUGGAGCACGUCGGCGGGCCCGAGCAGUCCAACCACAUCUGCUUCUGGGAAGAGUGUCCCCGGGAGGGGAAGCCCUUCAAGGCCAAGUACAAGCUGGUCAACCACAUUCGCGUCCACACGGGAGAGAAGCCCUUCCCCUGCCCCUUCCCGGGAUGCGGGAAAGUCUUCGCCCGCUCCGAGAACCUCAAGAUCCACAAAAGGACACACACAGGCGAGAAACCCUUUAAGUGUGAAUUCGAGGGCUGCGACCGGCGCUUCGCCAACAGCAGCGACCGCAAAAAGCACAUGCACGUCCACACCUCCGACAAGCCGUAUCUGUGCAAAAUGUGCGACAAGUCCUACACGCAUCCGAGCUCCCUCCGCAAACACAUGAAGGUCCACGAAUCUUCCUCGCAGGGGUCCCAGCCUUCUCCCGCUGCCAGUUCGGGCUACGAGUCGUCAACCCCCCCAACCAUUGUCUCUCCAUCCACAGAAAACCAGACCACAAGCUCCUUAUCCCCUUCGUCUUCAGCAGUCCAUCACACGUCCAGCCACAGCACGCUCACGUCAAAUUUUAACGAAUGGUAUGUUUAAAAACAAACAUAACGAGCGAACGAACGCAAACCCACCCUGUUUAAAAGACUCGGAAAUGAAGGAACACUUUGACACAGAAUUUUGGGGUGCGCGUUUGGUUCUGCCCCUUCCUUCCCUUUUAAAUGCUGCCCACAGACCCAGGACCGAAUCAAAUCAAGAUGAUCCCCCCCACCAUCCCCCAAACUGGCUUGCUUGCUUUCUCUUUCUCUCUUUCUCUCCCGCCUCACUCUCUUCAUUUCUGCUGUUUUGCUUUGGUUUUGCGCGUUCGGGAGCAAAGCCUUGGGAAACAAAGGGGUUUUUUUUCCUAGCGUGCGUGAGAAGGGCUGGGUGACCACCAGGCCACCUUGCCCACUUGGCAGGGCUUUGAAAUGGAACCACUGGCUGGAGUUCUCCAACUGCAUGUCUCUUUUGGGCAGCGGCCUUGUUGUUUUUCUUCCCCCCUCUCCCCUGUAAAUACAGAAAUACUAGCUUACCAUGUACUGUUUGAUUUUGUAAAUAGUGAUACCACAAGUUGACUAAGGGGAUAUGUGGAAUUGUGGUCUUUGCAUAUAUGUGGGGGGCGGGAGGGGAGAGAGGGUGGGGGAGGGGAAUAGGGAGGAGGAGGAGGCGAUUGAGAGGGGGAGGGGAGGAGGGAGGAAGUAGCAAAUCAACUAUUUGUACUGAAUGGCAAGGAUGUUCUAGUAAAUGUGUACCAAAAUGUGAAAUUACUUUGUAUUAUUACAGUCUAAACGUCGACCUAACAGAAUAUUAUUGGUAUUAAUGUGCUUUUCCUUUUGUAUAAAGUGCAAAACAUUUCGUCCCAAAGUCCAGUCUAAGUAGUGCAGUAAAAUGUUGUUACACUGUCCUGUCAAGAAAUUCGUAUAGUGAAAGCCUGGAUCUACGUGUCAAACUGUUACAUUUGUUUAUGUAAAGUGAUAUUAAAAAAAAAGAAAGAAAAAAGCUAUAAACUAUAAUCUGUCCAUUGCUUUUGGCAAAUACAAACCACAUACUGUAUAUAUUUCCUAAUUUCCAUAUUUAUCCGCAUGUAAAGGUCCGGUUAUACAUGUUACAGAUAUUCAAUAUUUAUGGCUAGAAGAACUGGUAUGUACACUUUAGUUUACAGAACUGUUUGGUAACAUUUCGUACAUUAUUAAAGAUUCUGAAAUCCCA